AUGCUGCUGCUGCUCCUGUUUCCCAUGGUCUUUCCCCUGCCCCCCGGGGCUCAGGCUGGGGAGAUCAUUGGAGGACAGGAAGCCCGGCCUCACUCCAGACCCUACAUGGCUUUUGUGAAAAUACACAAAGAAGGAAAGGGAGGAAACAUGUGUGGAGGUUUCCUGAUCCGGGAGGACGUGGUGGUGACGGCAGCUCAUUGUAACUGCAACCUUGGCAACAUCUCUGUGCUCCUGGGAGCUCACAACUUUGCAAUAGAUGAACUGGGAAGGCAGAAGAUUUGGGUACAUCGCCGAAUCCCCCACCCUGAAUUCAAUGAUGAGACGUUUGAAAAUGACAUCAUGCUGCUGCAGCUGACGAACAAGGCCAAGCUGACCCGGACUGUGGGCACCAUCCCCCUGUCCCAGAAGAAGGUGAAGCGGGGGGCAGUGUGCAGCGUGGCUGGCUGGGGCCAGACCAGUAUCAGAACAAACGACAAGCCCUCUCCAACCCUGCAGGAGGUGGAACUGACGGUCAUGGGCAAGAGAAUGUGUCUGUCUCGGCCCUAUCUGCACUAUGUCCCGUCCAGGAUGCUGUGCGUGGGGAAACCCCAGGAGAGGAAGUCACCAUUCCUGGGCGACUCUGGGGGGCCCCUGGUCUGUGAUGGCAAUGCCCAGGGCAUUGUCUCCCAUGGCAGCGGUGACGGGUCAACUCCCAGUGUGUUUACCAGGCUCUCCAAAUACGUGUGCUGGAUCAAGAAAACUCUGCGCAAGCGGAAGCCUUAGAGGGGAGCAUCCAUC